ACCACCACCACAACCUCAAGUCUCCAAAAGGAAACAACAUCCAGAGAGAGAAAGUGGGAGAGAAAGAGAGAGAGAAGUUGUACAACGUUGGCCAAAAUGGAGAUCCUCACGGUGGUGAAGAUUUUCUUUUCCAUAGCUUUGGUGGGUUUCGCGGCGGUGUUUCUGCGGUUGUACAAUGCGCUGGUGGCGGAGCCGGGGCGGCUCAGAUCCAAGCUGAGGAAGCAAGGGAUCAGCGGGCCGCAACUGAGUUUUUUGCUCGGGAAUAUCGGAGAGAUCGAGAAAGCCAGAACUACAACUCCCAAGGAGCCGAUCAGUAGCGAUGAAAACUUCGUCCCUCCGACCACCCACGACUGCGCCACCGCUCUGUUUCCUUUCUUUGAGAAAUGGAGGAAGCUUUACGGUCAAGUAUUCAUGUUUUCUCUGGGAAACAAACAGAUCCUGCAUGUGAACCGACCUGAUAUGGUGAGAGAGAUAGCCACAUGCACUUCAUUGGAUCUGGGUAGGCCUUCUUACCAACUAAAGGAGCGUGGUGCUUUGCUUGGUCAAGGCAUUUUAACUUCAAAUGGCACUAUUUGGGCUCACCAGAGGAAAAUUCUUGCUCCUGAGCUGAACAUGGAGAAAGUUAAGGGAAUGAUGAACCUAAUCACAGAGUCCGCACAUACAAUGGUAGACUCAUGGAAGAGUAGAAUUGAGAGUGGAGGUGGAAUUGCAGACAUAAAAAUCGACGAGGACUUGAGAAGGUUCUCCGGAGAUGUGAUCUCCAGGGCUUGUUUUGGGAGCAACUUUUCCAAGGGAAAAGAGAUUUUCAAGAGACUCGGAGCCCUUAAAGAAGCUGCUUCCAAGAAAGUUUGGUCUUCUGGAAUGCCCUUCAUGAGGCACAUUCCCACAAAGCACAACAGGGAAACAUGGGCACUAGAAAAGGAUGUCCGAACACUGAUCCUACAAGUGGUGAAGGAGAGGACACAAGCCGGACACGAGAAAGACCUCUUGCAAAUGGUGCUUGAAGGUGCUAGAAACAGCGACUUGAGCGAAGACGCGAUCGACCGGUUCAUUGUUGAUAACUGCAAGAACAUUUACUUGGCCGGGUACGAGGCCACUGCUAUCUCCGCCUCGUGGAUCCUCAUGUUGUUGGCUGCGAAUCCCGAGUGGCAAGAGCGGGUUCGGGCCGAGGUUGUCAAAGUUUGCAAGGGGCAGAUUCCGGAUUCCGACAUGGUUCGGAAGAUGAAGCAGCUGACCAUGGUGAUCAACGAGUCGAUGCGCCUCUAUCCGGAUCCCGUGGUGUCGCGGGAGGCCCUAGUUGACAUGAAAUUCGGCAACAUCCAAGUCCCCAAGGGCGUCAACCUGUGGAUCUUGAUGGUGACCCUGCACACCGACCCGGAAAUAUGGGGACCCGAUGCCCUCAAGUUCAAACCGGACCGGUUCGCUAACGGCAUCACCGGCGCGUGCAAGUUGCCCCACUUGUACAUGCCAUUUGGGGUCGGGCCCCGAAUAUGUCCCGGGCAGCACUUGGCCAUGGCUGAACUGAAGGUGCUGAUUGCUCUCAUUGUGUCCAACUUCUCCUUCUCCCUCUCCCCCAAGUACGUCCACUCGCCGGCUCUCAAGCUGGUCAUCGAGCCCGGUCACGGAGUUAAUCUGCUGGUGAAGAAGUUGUGAAGAAAUUCGGAAAACUACGACGAAAACUGUUUCGAUCGUUUUGCUCUUUGUACUCUGUUAACCAUAUCUGGCUUACUGUUUACGAGUAGAGACGCCGUUGCUUUUGAAUGUAUACGCCUAAUACUGUUUUGUACUCUUGUCUUGAAACGGUGUACAAUAUUUACAAGUUAAAUAAAAUGAUUUGAAUUUCUUGAAUAACUAA